CAUACAAUACUUGUUCGGGUAUAGUGGUAGCACACUCCUAUUAGGGAAGGAAAAGAGAGAAAAAGGAGUGGCGGCGAGAGAGAUGGAGGAAGAAGAGCACGAAGUGUACGGAGGAGAAAUCCCAAUGGAAGCUGAAAUGGAAGCUGACAUGGAGCAUCACGGCGGUGCCGCCGAUGAUGACGCCGUUAAGGAAUUGGAUGAGAUGAAGAAACGAUUAAAGGAGAUGGAAGAUGAAGCUGUUGCUCUCCGUGAGAUGCAAGCCAAAGUUGAAAAAGAAAUGGGUUCUGUUCAAGAUCCAGCUAGUGCAGCUGCUUCUCAGGCAAGCCGUGAGGAAGUGGAUUCAAGAUCAAUAUUUGUUGGCAAUGUUGAUUAUGCAUGUACCCCGGAGGAAGUUCAGCAGCAUUUCCAGGGAUGUGGCACUGUGAAUCGAGUUACUAUUCUAACUGAUAAGUUUGGUCAACCUAAAGGUUUUGCAUAUGUUGAAUUCGUUGAACAAGAAGCUAUUCAGGAGGCACUUCAGCUGAAUGAGUCCGAACUGCAUGGACGCCAGUUGAAGGUUAUGCCCAAGAGAACUAAUGUUCCAGGGAUGAAACAGUUUCGUGGUAGGCGCUUCAAUCCUUAUAUGGCUUACGGAUUCAGAAGGCCUUAUACACCUCCUUAUUUCUACUCCCCUUAUGGAUUCGGGAAAGUUCCAAGGUUCAGGAGGGCUACGCGGUUCAUGCCUUACUAUUAGAAGAUGUGAUAUGCUGCUACCGAAUCUGAAUACAAGCGGACACACUUGAAUCGUAAAAGAUCAUGAUGCUGUCAAUUGGGACGCAUCCUUUUCCAUUUCUCCAUGUGUCAGCUGGUUUUUAUGUUGAGACAUUAUAGCAGUUGACUAGCAUAAGUUUAUGUAGCCUUCCUGCAUUUGAUCUUUAGGAAAAUCUCUUAUCUAUUUGAAUAACAGUAUACUUGAACCAUUUCUAUGGAGUAUUGGGGAGUUAGCAACUAUCUUGAUAGAAUGAAGUUCAGCUUUCUUGCUUCUCGGAA